AUGCCUUGUUAUCGUUACUUAUAUGCGCAUUCUAUGGCUCGGCAAUGUAGGAUUAAUCCGUGGUUUUACAUUCACACUGCUAUUCUCAUCUUUGGCUCUGAUACCGAUGAUGUGUAUGCCCCGCAUUCCAAGAUAUUGUUCGCUUUGGAAGAUAUUCGAGAAACUUUCCCAACAAGGGCAACAGUUGUCCAUUUGCAAAGUCAACUUCUCUCUAAUAUCUUGAACCUAGAGAAUCCAAACGUUGGUAGCAUUGAACAAGGAAUUAAUCUGAUCAAGGAUAUAUUAUCCAAGAUGAAAGUUCUUAUUGUUCUUGAUGAUGUGGAUCAAAGUACAUAUUUAGAAACAAUAAUUGGGAAACGUGAUUGGUUUGGUACUGGAAGUAAGAUUAUUAUUACAACCAGGGACAAACAUAUCUUAGAUGUUCUUGAAGUAAACAAAACUUACGAGCCCAAAGAAAUGGAUUCAGAUCAAUCUCUUCAACUAUUUAGCAAACAUACCUUCAAAAUGGACCGACCUCCAGAACAAUAUUUGGUUCUAUCAAAAAAUGUGGUAAAAACUACUGGAGGACUUCCUUUGGCGCUUGAGGUUUUAGGUUCAUAUUUAGUUUGCAAAGAUGAAUUAAUAUGGAAAGGCACAGUGAAGAAGUUGAAGAAAAUUCAAAAUGAUGAAGUGCAAAAUAAGUUGAGAAUAAGUUAUGAUGGAUUAAAUUAUGAAGAGCAAGAAAUUGAAUUUUUCCCAGAAGCAGGAAUUGAAAAUCUUCGUUUGAAGUCAUUGAUUAAGAUUGGUGAAAAAAAUGAGUUAAGGAUGCAUGAUCAGCUAAGAGAUCUCGGAAGGGAAAUUAUUCAUCAAGAAAGCCUUAAGGAGCUUGGGAAACGCAGUAGGUUGUGUUCGCAUGAGGCACGGGAAGAACUAAGUACUAAAAUGUCUUUACUGAUGUUUGAAGAUAAGGGAACUAGGAAAGUUGAGGGACUCUAUAUUAACUUCCGUAGUUGGGCAAAUAUCAUAUGUUUGAUGAAUGAAGGAAUAUUUCCUUUUUCGGGAACUGAGAAUUUUGAGGAACUCUGA